UAACACACUCCUCCAAAGAUGUAAAACAGAUUAGACGGAGACGUCAACGAUGCGCAAUGGAGCUUUAAGAAUUGCCGCCUUUUCGCCAGUGUAUGUGAAUGCGGUGCACAAAUUUGAUAUACGUGUUGGUUGCCUACUAUGCUCAUCAGCAUGCCAGAAUUGGUUACGCUGCUACCCCAAUUUGGCUUGAAUUUUGUCUCAUUCAUGCCAUCAUCGCACAUGAUUCUCAGUGAUUAACAUUCAAACGCGUUUCGCACCCCCUCAAUUUGGCUAGCUUUUCAUGCUGUAAAAUCGAUUACAUUGAUGGCAGCUUAUAUUAUGCAUUUGCUACGAGGAGUGAAACAAAAGGCGAGGAACGACCAAUGACAGCCACUACAGCCAUGUGUUUAUCCAGUUUAAUUGAUCCAAAUUCAAAGAUUAGCAUCAUGGUUCAAAAAAAUACCAUCCGUGCCCAAAGGCCUAAGGUUUAUAAUGCAUUACAAACAGUGCAAGCACCAUGUAAGGUGGAAAAUCCUCAAUGCACUGCUGAAAUAGCUGGAAUAAGUCCUGGAAACUCUCUUGAAGCCUUUCAAGUUAUUCGUUCCGGGAACCCUUCUGCUCGACGCCGCCGACUCAGUAUGUCUAGACAGAAAUAUGGAGAUAGAAAGAUGUAUCCAGUGCCAAAUAGAUUGAGGCAAUCUGCCUGUGUUGAAGCACAUGGUUUGCAACAUUGCAUGUCAGAAUAUGUGAAUGACGGUCAUAAUCAAGGAUUGCUUAGUCAUGAACAGGUCAUUUACUUCGCCAAGAAAAUCAGAGUUGGAGUUCUAUUGGAGGACUGCAAAAAGAGGUUGCAGGAAAAAUUAGGAUAUGAACCCUCAUAUAUACAAUGGGCUGCUUAUACGAAUCUCUCUCCAAAAGAGCUCAAUGCAAGUCUCUUUGAAUCAGCGAGAGCAAUAGAUAAAUUGGUUAGGGUUAACACCCCUCUGGUGAUUUCAGUUGCAAACAAGUACAAAAACAUGGGUAUUGAUAUCAAAGAAUUGACUCAGGAAGGUGUGAUUGGACUUGUCCGUGGCCUAAGAAAGUUCGAUUACACUAAGGGAGUCAAGCUAUCAACAUUUGUGUAUUGGUGGAUUCGCCUGGCUAUAUCGAGGUUCGUUGUUAAGCAUUCAAGGAUCAUACAAUUACCUGAUUACCUUCACCAUUUUUUGGGUUCAAUAAAUAAUGUAAAAAUGCUUCUAAAAGAGGACAAUGCAACUACUACAAUUGAGAGGAUUGCAAUGACCUUAAAUGUAUCGGAUGCCAAAGUGAAGAAUGCUAUCAAGGCUCAAAAAAGGAUUAUUUCCAUGGAGGGACAAAGGCAUAUAAAUGAUGAACCAUGUGUCAUUUCAAGAAAUUAUAUAAUUGAUUAUAGUCUUGAAAAUCAACCGUGGUUUAUUGAAGGAAAUAGGAUUUUAAAGGAAGAUAUUAAUAAUUUGAUCAACUCCACUUUGACUGAUAGAGAGAAAAAAAUUAUUAGACAAUAUUUUGGUUUAGAUGCAGGUGGUUGUUUGUGGAAGGAUAUAGGAAAACGACUUGGAUUAUCAAGAGAGACAGUGAGACAAUUGGGCAUAAGAGCAAUUCAAAAGUUGAAGUAUUCAGCGAUAUAUCACAAAUUGGAUCCAUUAAGUAUACAUUACUUAAAAUAGGAUACGGCAAAAAAGUAUCAUAGUCAAGGGGUUAAAAAUCUCUUAAGAAGAAUUUUGAGUCUAUAUGUAUUCUAACGUGAUUAAUUAGUUAUCAUUGGAUUGAAUUCUUUAAAAAGUUACAAUAAUGGGUGGGCAUCUGCAGCCCUUGAUACCUGUAGAAAAUUGACACUUUUUUGUAUUGCUACACCAUAGAUAUGAAAUCUUUCAUGUUAAUUAUUCUAGUGAUUGUGUAUUAAUAUAUAGUCAUAAUUCCAGGAAAAAAUUGAAUACUAAUUAAUCUUGUAAAUUUAUAUUUUGGAUAUUAAAUAAAUGACAUUUUCUUGU